AGGGAGUGCGGGCACGGCUGGCACCAUGGGAGCAGGCAGUGAGAGCCCACGGGGCCACGGGGCUGCCAGGACGCUGCCCGUCCCAGCACGGUGACAGGGCAGGGGCUGGCUGGGAGCACCCACUCACCACCUCCCACAUCCCCCUGUCCCUGUGCCACCUUUUCUGUGCAGGUUGGACCUUCCCAGAGCCCUCGGCCCCUCCGUGGGCUGUGUAUGAAGGAGAAGACGGGACGCAGCAGGAGCUGGGGCAGCACAUGGGCCGGGGGCCUUGCAUGGGAACAGUGGCUCCCCAAAGGACACACCUGGGGACGGCACCGUCCUGCCCCCAGCUCUAAGGAUGCACAGGCUGCUCCUGCUUGGCUGCUUCUGGCUCCUGACAGCACCCAGAGUGUCCAGCAUCUUCCAGAGGCCGACUGGGAGUCCAGCCCCCCCGCGCCUGCAGUACCUGCUGGAGCCCCUCCACUCCACGGUGCACACUCAGCGCGGGGCCACGGCCACCCUGCCCUGCGUCCUGCGCGCCCUACCCCGCAACUACCGCGUGAAGUGGAGCAAGGUGGAGCCAGCCAACUACCGGGAGAGCAUCAUCAUCAUCACCAACGGGCUGUACCACAAGAACUACGGGCCGCUGAGCCCGCGGGUGCGGCUGCGGCACAGCCACCGCUACGACGCCUCGCUCACCAUCACCGAUGUGGCUCUGGAGGAUGAGGGGCGCUACCGCUGCCAGCUGGUCAAUGGGCUGGAAGAUGAGAGCGUCUCGCUCACACUGCACCUCGAAGGUGUCGUAUUCCCUUACCAACCCAGCAAUGGGCGCUACAAAUUCAACUACCAUGAAGCCAAGCGAGCCUGUGAGCAGCAGGACUCGCGCCUCGCCACCUACCAGCAGCUGUACAAAGCCUGGACAGAAGGUCUGGACUGGUGCAAUGCUGGCUGGAUCCUUGAGGGGACAGUCCACUACCCCAUCAUCAACUCGCGGGAGCCUUGCGGUGGCCGCCUCCUCCUACCCGGUGUCCGGACCUACGGGGCCAAGGACAAGCAGAAGGAUCGCUUUGAUGCUUUCUGCUUUACCUCUGCUCUUCAAGGCCAGGUCUACUUCAUCCGGGGCCACCUGAACUUCAAGGAGGCCGGGCAGGCGUGUCGCAACCACGGGGCCGCCAUCGCCAAGGUGGGGCAGCUCUACUCGGCCUGGAAGUUCUCCCAGCUGGAUCGCUGCGACGGGGGGUGGCUGGCGGACGGCAGCGUGAGGUACCCCAUCACCAUGCCCCGCCAGCACUGCGGGGGGCUGCCCGACCCUGGCGUCCGCAGCUUCGGCUUCCCCAACAAGGAGAUGAGGACCUACGGCACCUACUGCUUCGUGGGGAAGUAGGGGACACCGG